AUGGUGUCUAAUAAUUUCCAUCAAAAGUGCACCUAUGUACUUGUUGAUGAGCUGACUCCUCUUAGAGAAAAGUUACUAGAUGCUAUUGUGGCAAAGAAAGCUUGUGUUCGGAUUAGCUGGGUUGAGAGAGUUGCAGAAGAAAAGAUUUGCAAUGAAAUCCCUAGCUACAGCAACCAUACUGCAACUCUCUCUGCGGAAGGUGUAUCAGUCAAACUUGCAGACCAGGGAACUCGUGAAAACUGUAUGGAAGGAUACACGUUUGUGUUGGACUCGAUAAACAGUGAAUCAAAGCAUGAAGAGAACAGUUAUGUUGUUUGUGUCAUCCCUGGAGGGUCACCCUACAAAUUUGAUUGCUUCAAUAAAAUCAAAGUAUCUAGUGUGAAGGAAAUAGACUUGAUGUGUGCCGUUUUAACUGGGACGUUGGAUCGAUCAAUUUUGAUAUCACCUUGCGGUGAGUUUGUUUUGUUUGUGUUUAUAUAAAUUACAGCUUUGCAUAUUGUCUCUCUUUCCAACAAUUUUCUGUUUCU